AAAAUUCCGAUUAACUGUAAUCAAUGAUAUAAGAGAACUUGUUUUGAUUAUGCACAUCCGUAUCGAAUUAGAACACUAAAUCUAAAAUAAACAAAAGUAAAAUGACUUUAUUCUGUACUCGUUCAUGUCACAAUUCAUGUUUUAUAGUUUUAUAGUCAGACUGAUCACAAUCCGAUUGCUUUUAUAUUUUUCAAAUCUUCCUACCGUCAUUAAUCCCCCCAUAAGCUGUUUGACAUGCAAAGCUGUAUGUUAAUUCUACCAGACAGCAGAUGGUAGGCAGUAGUAUGCCGAUAUCUUGUUCAGUAUAAUUGUAUAUUGUAGCUGUUAAGUUACUCGAACGAUGAAGAUGAAAUUCAGCAUCGACUCUACUGCUUCUUAUAACAGUAUACAUCCAGCGUACCAUUAUACAGAACAAUUUGCAAAUAAUGCUGAAACGUAUCAAGAGGGUACCAAAUGGUUUGGCGUAUUUCUGGCAUUUCUCUCAGGUACAUUUUUCACAAUUAGUUCCGCGUUAGUUAAAGCAAUUCAGAAUGUAGACCCUAUGAUAUUACUGGCCAUCAGAGCCAUUCUGCAAAUGUUAGUCAUGGCUGGAGCAGCCAUUAAAAGUUCCAAAAGUUUAUUUGGUCCAAAAGGUCAAAGACUACUCCUAAACUUCCAGGGAAUAGUAGGAGGUGCGACGCUGUCGCUAUUGUAUUAUAGUUUCCGUAAACUACCCAUUGGAGAUGCUACGACCAUCAUAUUUAGUUCUCCAGUGAUCGUUAUUGCGUUAUCUUUCAUUUUUCUAAAAGAACCAUGUGGAAUAUUACGUGUAACCGUUAUGUGUGUACUAUUUACUGGUGUUGUGUUUGUUUCUAAGCCACCAUUUUUAUUUCAGGUACACAGAACUGAACCAUACAAUAUUAUGGGAUACGUAUGUGCUAUCCUAGCAACCUUCUUCACAGCUCUCAACAUAGUUGUGAUGAGAAAGUGCUCGGAAAUCCAUUUUUCAACGAUAAUCUUCAAUAUAUCUUGGUGGUCAUUGGUCACGGCUGUAUUCUUUUUCUAUUUUGUGUCGGAAAAUCACGAACAGAGUUUAAAGCUACCAGAUGAUUGGUUCACUUGGAGUAAAAUAUUGUUAGUGGCAUUUACUGGAUUGUGCGGUCAAAUUUUAGUGACUAAUGCAUUAAAAAUAGAAGGUGCAGGCAAAGUAUCAGUGACUAGAUCUUUGGAUAUCAUAUUGGCCUAUAUCGUACAAGUAUAUUUUUUCGGAGAUCAACCGUCGUCAACCAGUAUCGUCGGAGCGUUUUUAGUCAUAAUUUCUGUUAUAUGUAUGGGGUUUGAAAAAGAAAUUUAUAAUGUUUGUGAUUUUAUUCCCUAGUCAAAGAUACAGUAUCUUAAAUUAUUUAUCUGUUCUUAACAUAAACAUAGACAAUAAUAUACACAUUUUUAUGAACGGUGAAAACACUGUUAUUAUACUGCUAAUAUGAUUUCAAUAAUAUAAUAUUUCAUGACUUUACAUAGUAUAAAGUCGAAUUAUAUGCAUCUACCAUUCAUUUAUACAAUUCUUUUAUCGCAGUUUGUACCUCUCAUCGAUUUUCAUUGGUAAUAAAAACAAAUGAGUAAAGUACUUGAUAGAGCAAUUCAACAAAAGUAUUAUAUAAUAUUAUGUAUAUAUAAUUAUAAAGUACACUUCUCUCAAAAUUUGUUGUGAUAUAGAAGUGACAUUUACAAAAAUUUCGAAUUAUAUGACUUAAUGCAUAUUUACAGUUGUACAUACUAUAUGUACCUUGAAUUAUCCGUGACUUUGUGCGGAUAUAAUUAAUUGUAUCUGUAUAAUUGCUGAUAAUUUAUUUAAAAAAAAAAUACACUACGAUUAACAAUAAAUCACCGUACCAUAUUCAAGAUAAUAA